AUGGAAAGCGAGGGCAAUCAUGAGGAUUUCUCUAUGGGUGAGGCCACUCUUAGACAAGAGACAUGUCAUAACCAUACUAGUCAGAUCAUUAUUCCUGAAGGGAUGAAGUCCUUCAUUUCAGAUCUAGAAUCUAAAGUCGGUCACUUCAAUACUUUAAAUAGGGCAGUAAAUGAUAUAAUGGAGUUCGCAGCACAGAAGCCGAAAAGUAAACUUGAAGAAUAUGAGUUUAAAGCAUUUUUCUCAAAAAUUCAGGAAGAAAUCGACAAGAACCUUAAGAAACUUCACGGUGCUGGAGCUGUUUUAGAAAACAGUGAUAAGCAAGAGAUAGAUAAAAGCAGAGACAAACUGUGGGAGGAGUUAUGAGAAAACAAUUGGUAUCAAUCUUUUUCUAAUAACGAAAUGUAUUUGUACUAUUUUAACAACAAAUAUCAGAAUAAAGACAAACUUCAGGAACAACUAGUCCUCUUGGAGAAGCAGAUCCAAAAUUUGGAAUUGGAAAAUACUAGGCUUAGGAAAAGAAUUUCAGGGUUAAAUGAAUUAAAUGCUAAAGUUCCUAAAUUUAACCAGAAGAAAGUUUUUGAUGAAGAAAAAGGAAAGAGAGUUAGAGGAAUUUCCAAAGUUAGAGAAAAUAAUUCAAAUCAGGUUUCAGAUAUGAGCAAUUUUGGUUGCUAUUCUCCUAAAUUUGCAACUCAGUCGGACAAACAUAAUUGUAUUCAAAAACUUCAAAUGCCAAAAAGAGAAAGAAAAGGAGCAGAGAAACAUCGAGAGAUUAUUGAAGAAGAUGCUGAUCAUGAAGACAGUCGCAUAUGUGAAACAGUUAAGAGGAAUCAAAAUCAUUUCCAAAGUACUGGGAUUACAUCUGAGAUGGAAGAUUUAUGAGUACCGAAUAAAAAUAACAAAAGAAGUUUUAUUGAAGCACCUGAACCAAAAAGUUAUGAAGACGAAUUAAAUCAAGAUAUAAAGAGAAUAUACAGAGAAGAGGGAGAAGAGUACCCUAUCAAUAAGAUUUGCAACGAAGGCAAAAAGAGUCUGAUCUCAAAUUCAGAGAAUCAAUCUUCUCCUGCAUUUAUUUACUCCUUAUCAAGCUCGAAGUCUAGGACUGAUACUUUUCAAACUAGUAAAAUUGUCCAACAAAAUCUCAGGAAUUCAUUUAGCAACGCUUCAAUGGAGUCGUCGUCAUACCAUAAUGAGCUGCCAAUAUCAGAGGAUGAAGAACAACAAAUGCAUAGUCCUAGAAGUAAUUCAAUAGCAGAGGACACUGAAGGACCCAAGGAAGAGGUUAUAGAAGAAUCAAAGUCUGAUAUGCACAUGAAAACUGGCAGCCAAAACUCUGAUUAUGAAAUUAGCUAUCCUCCCGAAGGAUCAUCUGUAUCUUUCAACUUGUGCUCAGAGCAAGACCAAGCUUUCUUCCAUGACUGCACUAGCAAACUUCAAAACUUGCAGUUUGUUGAGUUCCAAGUCGGCAAUGAAAUUCCUGAAGGCUUCUUCAAGUUUAUUAAUGAGUACUUCCCAGAUAAAGUCCAAAACUGUAAAUGGUCCAGCAUAAUUUCUCCUGAGUUCUUAUCAAUUGAUUCAUUCUUAGAUGCAAUACUCGAAGUAAGUGCCAAUGUCAAAGAAGCUUUGGAAAUAAGCAACUUCAGCAUGGAUCAAGCUCAAUUUAAUAGACUCAUUGAUCAGUGUAAAGCCGAAAAGGAGCUAAUAUUUACAUCAUGCUUGUUUAAAAUUAGAGACAUGCAAAACCUAUUCAAAAAUUCUGAAAGAACUGAAAAGAUAGACUUAUCAUUUAACGACAACCACUACGUCGAUGAAUCCAUUGAGUCAGCUGAAGACCCUCCUAUACUCCCAUUCAGCAACAUUCUUGAAGCUUACAAAGAUCCAGAAGAUUCUUAAACUCAGUUUUUCAUUCCAUACAU